AUGGAGAAGUUGUCGGGUUCAUUGUACUGGAAUCUUGUGUACACUGGUGUUAUACGUUAUACGUUCAAUAUUAUCGCUGGUGCUUCAGAUAGAAUGUUUCCAUUUGUUGGUCGAAAAUUUAUUCAUCUUGGCUCUCAUCUGUUCGUUUCAAGCACUAUCGGCGCUGUUGUUCUCAUCAACAUACUGGGUGCAACGCAUUCGUAUGAAAUGUUGAUACGAGUUCUUGUGUUGUGUGGUGUUUCAAUGACCAGCCAGCUGUAUAUUGUGAAUAUAUUGUGUGCAGCUGAACUAUUCCCAACGGCUAUUCGAAAUGUUGCCGAUUCUCAACUGUCCAUUUGGAAUCGGACUGGUACAGUUAUUGCACCGCAGAUUUUCUUUUUGGCAGACAUUUGGGAUGGCUUACCGUAUGCGUUCAUGAUGUUCCUGUGUGUUAUUGAUUCAGUUAUAUUCCAUUAUUUCAUUCCUGAAACGAAGGAUCAGCCGCUGAUUGAUGCCAUGCCUGAGGCAGACCUCCUCAAGAGAAAGUCCAAAAAUCCAGAAAGGAGCUGA